GCAGGCUCGAGGCGGCGGCGAUGGGCGGCAGCGGGGCUCGGGAGCUGGCCGGGUACCUGCUGGCUCUGGCCGGGUGGGUGUCGGCGCUGGCGGCCGCGGUGCUGCCGCAGUGGAGGCAGAGCUCGUACGCCGGGGACGCCAUCAUCACGGCCGUGGGGCUCCACGAGGGGCUGUGGAUGAGCUGCGCCGCGCAGAGCACCGGGCAGGUCCAGUGCCGCCUGCACGACUCCCUCCUGUCCCUCGACGUUCACAUCCAGACCUCCCGCGCUCUCAUGGUCAUCUCCCUCCUCCUGGGCUUCUUCGGCAUCAUCGUGAGCGUGGUGGGCAUGAAAUGCACCAAGGUUGGUGAAGAGGACCCCAUAACCAAGAGCCGCAUCGCUGUCGCUGGAGGUGUCCUCUUCAUCCUCGCGGGUCUGUGCACGCUGGCUGCCGUGUCCUUGUACGCAACACGGGUGACCUAUGAGUUCUUCAGAGAGAGCAGCGUCCCCAUCAACGCCAGGUACGAGUUCGGCUCAGCUCUGUUCAUCGGAUGGGGAGCCACCGGCCUCAUGAUGCUGGGGGGCUCCCUCCUGUGCUGCUCCUGCCCCCCCAAGGAGCGGCGAGGACAGCGCAGCUACCGCCAGUCCCAGCCUUCCACGGCGCGGGAACCCCCUGUAAAAAUGCCUUCUUCACCCAUCAGGGGAGAGCAGUGCUUAUAGUCUGUCUUCACCCAUCAGGUGCUUGGUUGGCUGAACCCAACUUAUGGGGUUCCCCUCCAAAAAUACACCCCCAAAAGCUACUGCAGUGAGGAUUGAAAACGAACCCUCAUGCUUUGAACCCCCCCCAAAAUACAUCAAAAAAGGCAUUUUUAUACCAAGAAAACAGCGUGGUGUAGAAGAAUGGUUUUAUUCUUUGCAUCCGAAAUCCCUUUCAGUUUCCAAUGGGAUGCACGGCCGUGGGAAUGGGACUGGUUGGGGUUUUUAAAUGCAUUUUGUUUUGCUGAUUGUUUGUACUAAAACUGGUGACUCUGAUAUUAAAAUAUUUCCAAUCAUGGG